UUUAGUAAUAAUUGUUUCAGAAAGUUCACUAAUAACAAUAUUUACGUCUACAUCUGUGGAAAACGAAUGCAUUCAAUCCGCUGUUUGUACUAUUUAUAGGGCAGUAAGUGAUUCCUUGCAGUACGAUUUGCCAUCGCAGUAUCGUAUGCUAAACUUUUGAAGUAAACGAACACAUAAUCUGGUAUGAUUUUCAAUUUUCACACAGGGUAUAAAAACAGCAAUCCGGCAAUACACUUAAAACGGGAAAAAGCGUUUAGAUGUUCGUUAAAAUGAGUUGGAAACGGACGAUUCAGUGUUUUGGAGAUCGGGUUAUUUGACUAAGAUGAUAAGAUAACAACUCCCUGAUAUAUAAGCAGCAUUCUCAGUCAAAUUCCGUUUAAGUUAGGAUGGAAACAAAAUCUUAAGCCUAGGAGAUCGAAUAUCUUUGCCAUACAUCCGCCGACAGUUUCAACGGAUAACCAGACACAUGAAUGGAACGGAACCAAAAGUUACAACAAAUCUUUACAUCAGAAUCUUUAACAGUUCUACUCCGAUAAGUUUGACAACCGGUUUGUUUUGAUGCGGGAACUUCGAUAAUUUUCAAUUCUUUCCGCUUUCCUGCAUGCGCUGCGACGUAAAGUAGUCCCCACUCGCUCAAAAGAUGGAAACAAACUAAUCCGUAAAUCAAUCGUUACACGCAUCAGCAAAUUUAUAAGCAAGAAGCAUUUAUGUGUUAAUGCCAAACAGUAUGUGCUUCGAAUGGAGGAAGAUAUCAGUUAUUACGUGUACAUCUCACUAACGCUCAUUCCAGUGUAUUUAGCAUUCAAACUCGUGCAGUGGAUGGGAUGGGAAUUGUUUGUGAACAAUUAGGUGCAACGCAGGUGCUAUCGAAAUGCAUAAAUAAAAUGUGAUUACCAACUAG